AUGUCUAGUAGUAAUAGACGACGACAGGACAGUGUGCUGCUUAUUAAGCGAUCUAAAACGUCUUAUAUUCGUUCACAGAGGGACGGCACCCACUACCGCUACCUCUGGGGCAAGAUCACCAGCCCACACGGCAACUCCGGCGUCGUCUGCGCCCAGUUCAAGUCCAACCUCCCCGCCGAGUCCAUGGGGCGCAAGGUCAGAGUGUUCAUGUACCCGAGCAGCAUCUAA